GCUUGCGUGGCAACCAAGAAGUGUGUUUGACCAUACUAACCAGGAAUUACUGCAAAGUCAAACUUGGUCGCUCCUGAGGGAAGCAUCUCCUUGGGCUCAGCUUCCCCUCAGCACCUUGUCCGGGUGGCUGGAGCGGUGUGGUGGUGAGGAAGCCUUCAUCCAGUGCUCGUGCUGCUCUGCUGCUACCGCCUGUGCUGUCGCUUCGCCGCGGAGAAGUUCGCGGUCCUCGCUUUUCCCCAGCCCUUUACAGCCGUCAGGUUGCGAGUUGUGGUGGAAACUUUGCGGGGGUGGUGGAGGAGUUUUGGCAGCGCUGGAAUGGUCUGCCCUGCACUCUGCCCAGUCCUGCUGAGGUCGGUGGGAGCAGCAAAUUCCAGCAGCAGGAGGGGUCGGACGAGAUGUCAGAGGAGCAGCCCCACCUUUAGCCCUGACCUGCUGCACCCCUCCAGGUUUUCCCUACACACAGAGCUGGCACUGUCUGCUCAGGCAGAGGACUGUGUAAAGGACAGUCAGAAAGUGAGAAGCAGCAGGAGGGCAGCGCAGGAGCAUGGAGGGGAUGGACGUGCCGCCCGAGGGCUACUCCCUGAUCAAAGCCGUGUACCACCGCCGCCUGCGGCUCACCCGCCUGCUCAUCGACGGCGGGGCCUACGUCAACGAGAGCAACAGCCGCGGCGAGACGCCGCUGAUGAUCGCCUGCCUGACCAGACACGCCGACCUGCAGAGCGCCAGCAAGGCCAGGAUGGUGAAGUACCUGCUGGACAACAAGGCCGACCCCAACAUCCAGGACAAGUCCGGCAAGACGGCGCUGAUGCACGCGUGCCUGGAGAAGGCGGGCCCCGAGGUGGUGUCGCUGCUGCUGAUGAGCGGGGCCGACCCCAGCCUGCCCGACCACUCCAACUGCUCGGCGCUGGUGUACGCCAUCAACGCGGCCGACAGGGACACGCUGGAGCUGCUGCUCAAGGCCUGCAAGGCGCGGGGCAAGGAGGUGAUCAUCAUCACCACCGACAAGUCCGCCCCACCAGGCCGGCACAGAACGAAGCAGUACCUGAACGUGCCCCCUCCCGACCUGGAGGAGUGCAUCGGCCCGGCUGAGUGCAUCUCCCCGUCAGAAAUAGAGCCGGACGAGGGGCCAGAAGACCCGUUCAGCUUCAAGGAGCUGUACGGUGGGCAGCAGAGGGACAGCUCCUCCGAGAGAGUGCCGCUGAUGAGCAAGCCCAGCUCCACCCCGCCUCGCUUCAAGCUGGCGCAGGUGCUGCAGUGUGACCCGUGGCUCAAGUGCUGCCCGCCGGUGUUCCAGCACAGGAAAAUGCCUUCUCCUCAGGAGCUGCAGGCUGCCAGCCCCAUGGAAGAGCUCUCCUGUAAGGACCUGUGCACCUGUGCCACCAGCAGUCAGGACCCUAGAGACAGGAUAGACUCUGCUCUGGUACUGAAAACCCCCGACCAGACCUUGCCGAGGAAAGCGCUACGCGAUGCAAUAAACUAUCAAACUCCUUUCACCGAGGAGAAACACAACCCCAGCGAGAUUCCCAUGGGCAUGGAUGCCAGCCUGGGGCAAAUCAGCUUACUCUCCAGCUUCGGCAGCAUGCUCAAGAAAGGUAGCGGAGAGUCCAAUUACAACAUCAACAGCUCUCAGUCAGCCAACAGUCUGAUUCCUGUGGCUGACACCAAGGGCAGCAAGUCCCCCAAAGGAAACAGGCAGGUUCUCCCGACAUACCAGACUUUGUUGCCGAGUCCCAGAAGAGCUCUGGAGAUGACCCCUGUCUCUCCGAGGGGCAGAAGGGAGGGAGAGGGCGCGGGAGCCGUGGCGCUGGAUCAGACCAGGCCAGGUUUCCUGCCGCCCCUGAACGUGAACCCCCGGCCCCCCGGCCCGGAGCUCACUGUCAUAAACACGGUGUCUGGCAUGAUCUCUUACGGACAAACUCACUUAGCGCCGCCGGGAUCUGCUUGCCCCAAGGGCACCAAAGAGACCAAUCUGAUGCGGAGGAGGCCCUAUGAGCAGAUAACGGUCUAAGCAGAUUCAGCAAUUACUGCGUUUUCAACAGGAGAGCAAAGGGGAUAUCUGUAAAUAGUCACUGCAGUCCUUGACUGUUGUAGUAUGUACCACACACUAGAGCAGGUCUGUGAUGUGCAGCGGUGCGUGCCUCAGGAGGAGCGGGAUAGCUCACUGAAAGGAGAAGACGCGCUCCCCUACCGAGGCUGUCUUCUGCUAGCUAAGGAGGGUUUAUUCUGCUGCUCUUGUAAAGUUUUCACCCUGCGUGGGGCAGACCGAGCCCGUAACAGUCCAUAGCAUCGCAGUUCUCAUUGUAGGUUGUAAAUACCACGCCCUGAUUUCCCCAGGCAGCGCCCGGAGAGGCGGUGCGCACGGACCGCGGGAGCUGAAGCGCUGACUGUGAUCUGGGCAGCAGACUGUGCCUGUCCAGGCUGUACAGAGCAGCACCCGCACUCACCGCGGGCGCUGGCAGUGCCCGCUGGCCCCGGCAGCCGCACGUCGGAGCUGGCAUCGCGCUGCAGAGCCGCAACCAGCACGGCAACCAGCGGCAGGGCCACCAGCCAGCCCGGAGAGUGCCCCCGGCGCUGCCACCGCGGCUGCUCCCGCUGCAAUCGAUCCCUCCGGGAAAGCAAGGAGCUCCUCAGGGGCUCCGCCGCUCCCUGCAGUUCGGGAGGGCCCCAAAAAGAGACCUCCGGGUCGGGCUGCAGCGAUGUGCCCCCAGCCAGAGCCCUCCUGAGCGGGGCACGGACACCGGGACACACCCGGAGGGUCUCCGUGAGCGGGGCACUGCGCACACACACAGACAGACACACAGACACACACACAGAGACACACAGACACAGACACACACACACAGA